AUGUUGGUUGAGGAGCCGCCAUCGAGCCCAGUAUCGGACGAGGAUCCCGAUGACGAGGAUCUCGAUGGAGAGCUUGAGAUGAAGACGGAACAUAUGGUCGAGGUCCUGAAAGGUUUCUUAGACAAGCAUCCCGAGAUCCGGGAUGUUCUGCGCGGGCGACCAUCGGAUGUCCUGGAGUGUUGGCUAGAUGAGUUUCGAUCCUCCGAAGAUCCUGAGAAGGACGCAGAGUGGUUGAAAGCUUGCUUGGAUUGGGAUGGCGAAGGGGAGCCACCCGUGGAUCCAGGAUUGGGCUCGGCCAGUGGGUCGGCCAAUGGUGCUUGCCACAAAGAUGAGUGGGUCGAUGAUUCGGCCAACACCAAAGGUGCUUGGGCCGAUGGUUCCGCCAAGGACAACGAGACCCUUGGAUGGACCGAGAAUGAUUGGGUCGAUGAUUCCGCUGAUGGAUGGGUCCAGGAUGAUGGGGUCGAUGAUCCGGUCUAUGAUUCGUCCACGGAUCACAAGACCCAUGGAUGGACCGAGACCGAUGAUUGGUUCGAUGAUUCCGCCAGUCAAGAAUGGACCGCGGAUGAUUGGGUCAAUGAUUCGACCAAAGAUGGCAAGACCCAUGGAUGGAGCGAGACCCAUGACUGGACUCGUGAUUUUGCCACAGCGAACAAGUCCGCUGGGUGGAGCCAGAAUAAUUGGGUGGAUUAUUCGGCCAUGAGCAAGACCAAGACCGAUGCUUGGGCGGACAAGACCCAUGGAUGGACACAGAAUGGUUGGAUCGAUGAGUCGGCCAACGACAACAAGACCUAUGGACACAAGGCCGAUGAUUGGAGCGAUGAUUCGGCGAAGGACAACAAGACCUAUGGAUGCAAGACCGGUGAGUGGGGCGAUGAUUCCGUGAAGGACAACAAGACCUAUGGAGGCAAGACCCGUGAUUGGGCGCAUGAUUCGGCGAAAGAUGGCCAGAUCCAUGCAUGGGCCCAUGAUGCCUGGGCCGAUGUCUCAACCACCGAUGCGUGGACCGACGCUGGCUCUAGCACAAUGGAAUUGGCUCCGACUGAUGGAGGAGCCGAUGAUAUGGAAUGGGUCAGGGACAAUGGUUCGACCGAACAAGUCUAUGAUUGGGCCAAGGAUAAGCAGGCAUUUCUUUUGCUGUCUGUCUUGCUUCAGGAUGCAGGAAUACUGUGCUCGUAG